AUGGAGAAAACGAAUUAUGUGAGCAAGAUUUCGGAUGUGGGUUUGGCCAGGCUUGUUCCGGCAGCUUUAGCUGACAGUAUUACCCAAUAUGGCCUGAAAGACGCAGCUGGCACGUUUUCAAAGAAUCCUAUAGGUCUAUCCCACCAGGUUGAGCAGGCCGUAGAGAAAGGAACCUUCUCAGAUAUUCUUGACCCAACACAGAUGGAUUGGCUUGUAGAAGAGGCUUUAUCGCUCGCAAAACUGGCAUUGAAGUGCUGUGAACUGAGGAAAAAGGAUAGGCCAGAUCUCGCGUCAGUCAGUCUUACCACAACCCCAUCCUUAAGCUCUACUGCCAACAUUUCCUUACCAACCACCUUAGAAGUCCCUCCUCCAUCCAGAGCUGGACCCCUUUCCAUUGGUGUACUUAUCAUCCAAUUGAAAGGCGCUGCUGCCCUUUUCUCCGAUGUCUCCGCCACCAUCCUCCGCCAAACCCUUUAUUCCACCACUUGUGUGGGCCUUUAUGAUGUCCUCAAACACAGAUGGACCGACGUGAUAAAUACUAAUAACAUGCCACUUGUACGUAAGAUAGUGGCUAGACUCAUCUCCAGUGCUGUCAGGGCCGCUGUUGGGAGCCUGCAGAUGCGGCAAUGUCAAAUGUCAAAGCAAGACGGCGUUGCCAGGCUAUGGCGAGGGUCGGGUCUUACAGUCAACUGCGCAAUGAUUGUGACCGUAUCACAACUUGCAUCAUAUGAUCAGGCCAAGGAGAUGAUCCUGGAAAAGGGUUUGAUGAAUGGCGGGAUUGGCACCCAUGUUACUGCAAGUUUUGUGGCUUCUGUUGCUUCAAAUCCAAUUGAUGUGAUCAAGACUAGAGUAAUGAAUAUGAAGGUGAAGCCUGGGGUGAAACAACCUUAUAAGGGUGCACUAGAUUGUGCAAUGAAGACGAUCAAGGCAGAGGGUCCUAUGGUCUUGUAUAAAGGGUUUAUCCCUACAAUUUCAAGGCAAGGACCUUUCACUGUGGUGCUAUUCGUCACAUUAGAGCAAGUCAGGAGAUUACUUAAAGAUUUCUGA